AUGGAUGAAACUGAAAGUGAUGCGCCAUUUGGCAUAAACUCUUCUAAUUCGACUAAAGUUUUUGCGGAGCCUGUGUCAGCCCCAGAAAUUUCAUACUAUGAUAUGAACGGCGAAAAGUAUUUGUAUAUCUUCAACCAUUACAAGUACCAGAAGACGCGAUAUUUCGGAUUUAAGCGGCCACAAGAGAGGACAGGCUCUAUUGAGGACGUUAGGAGGCUUUCUAAAAUAUUUCAAGAUAUGAAUUAUAAAGUGACGACGCAUCAAGACUUGGAGCAUAGCGAAAUAUUAAAUGUAGUAAAAGAAAUAAGUCAGAAGGAUCAUAAGUCAACUUCAUGUUUGUGCUUUGUGUUCCUGACACACGGGGAUAGAGGUGGCGAGCUUUUCGCAGCAGAUAGACCGUAUCUAUUUACAGAAGUAACCGUGUUGCUCGAACACGGUGACGCUGGGCUCGUGGGCAAACCAAAACUUUUCUUUAUACAGGCUUGCAGAGGAGAUCAAAAAGACGAUGGAAGAAGAAUAGAAACUGAUGGUCAAGUGUCAAUUGUAAUUCCAACUCAAGCAGAUUUUUUUACUCUAUACUCUACUGUUGAAAACUAUGUGGCGUACAGGGACAGUGAGGGAUCAUUUUUGAUGCAAGAGCUAUGUAAUAUUAUAGAAGAAUAUCAUGAUGAAAUGGAUAUCUUGCACAUGGUCACCCUUGUACAGAUGAGAGUCGCCUAUUACAGAAGCACGUUUGCACCCUCCAACCAGUCUAUACACAAUAAGAAACAAAUGCCCGAAACCCGUUUUACUUUGACUAAGCUAUUCAAAUUU